AUACCGAGGUGUUUUUACUGAUGCGUUCGCUAUACUCCAGAAUAAGAUAUGUUUGUUUCUGAUGUUGGUUUUGAAAAACAACUACACAUCUAUUUUCCCAGACUCUCACCGCUUUUAAACACGAAUCACUGUUCUUCUAUUCCCCUUAAUCGUUUGGAAGAAAGCUGCUCUGUCAAAUCUGACAUCUAAUUUCGGACAAAUUGGAAUUAUCAGAUUGGAAACGGAGGAGCUCUGUCAUACGUCAUUAAACAAAUGUGUGCUGUCUUGUUUUUCGGACCGAAAAAAAAUAUCAGAAAAUCGCCGGUCUGUCUAUAUAUAGUUUACGGAUUCGCAAAAUGAUAUAAUGACGCAAAAUAUUAACGAUGGAAGAUGAUAACAGCAAAUGAUUAUGAUUUUCAUUACAUUCGUUUGAUGGUAACCCCGGUGAGAAAUCUGCCCUCAAUUUAUAGUCAGAAAUUCCAUCUUUGUCGACAUGGGAAAGCACGAUGACCGUUGCGAGGCGGACGAUACGAGAUCCCCCCUCCUCUCCAGGGACUCUUCGCCAACCGAUUCGACGUACCUCAUGUCCAUCCGCAUCGCUGAAUCAUUCUCGCCGCCGACCUCGCCUACACCGACAUCAUCGACCACCGCCAAAGACCAUUUCGCCCCGCCCUCAUCGCCGCGGAAACCGUCAUUGCUAACACGUCUAAAGCAGAUCGAGAAUGUUCGAGGGUGGAUGGUGUGCUUUGCUGCCUACGUCAUCAAUGUUCCAUUUUUUGGCAUCAUCAUGAGUUUUGGAGAGCUCUUACCGUCAUUCCUGGAACUAUAUAAUACAGACCAAACGGCUGCGAUAAGUUGGGUUGGCUCGCUCGCCUUCGGCCUGGCUUACGUAUGCAGUCCAAUAUCUUCUCGUCUCUACUGGCACUUUGGGUGCCGCCCCUGUGCCAUUACCGGGGUAGCUCUGGGGUCCUUCGCCCUCUUCGUCUCGUCGUUCGUCCAUGACAUGUGGUGGAUGAUGAUAACGUAUAGUAUAAUGUUCGGCUUCGCGACCAACCUGACUUACAACACCCCUCUGGUCCUGACAGGGGAAUGGUUUCCCGACCGACAUCACGUCUUAGCGACAUGUUUUGUCACCGCAGGCAUCCCUUUUGGUUCAUUGACGAUGAAUCCCGUGGUCGAAUCGCUGGUCGAUUCCAUUGGUCUCCGGAACGCCUUCCGCGUCAUGGCAGUGUUGCCCAUCGUCAUCGGCCUACCCUGCUGCGCGAUAUUCAAGCAACCCGACCUCAACGCAUGCGCCAACAAAGACGACGACGAUGUCAAUGAUUUGAUAAUGGAAGACUGUGAUGACGAGACCGUUCUCGUACAUCGGAACGAUGACGAUGUCGUGCGUGAAAUCGACGACGCGGGAUCAGAAAGUAGUUGGUUGGCGGAUAUGAUAAGGAGAGAGAAAAAUCCUUCCAGGAAAGUGUGUACUUGCCUCGAUGGUGACCUGUGGUUGGACCCUAUAUUUUAUAUCUACAUGUUCGGUCUACUCGCCAAGGGAGUGGGAUAUGUAUUUCCUUUUAUUCAUUUGGUAAAUUAUAUGACUUGGCUCGGCAUCGAAUCUGCGAAGGCAUCCUUCGUGAUGACGGCUAAAGGGGCCUCGGAUAUGGCAGGGCGUUUUAUUGUCGGGAUGCUUGGGGACCAUCUUCCCUUUCCACUCAUCCAUGUUUACGUUAUUGCAUGUGGUAUCAUGGGCGUGGUCACCUAUGUAGCCGUGUUUGCACACCACGCCUCACUCAUGUUCUUUUACGCUAUAUGUAUUGGUUUCUGCAAUGGAACUUUCAACGCCCUGUUAUUCCCGAUAAACACCAGCCUGUUUCGAAAGGAUCUCCGCCAGCAGACCUGGGCGUAUUGUCAAGUACCGCCCGGUGUUGCCAUUAUAGUCGGACCUAUGAUUGCAGGCGCCAUCUACGAUGCAACGCAGUCAUACUACUCUGACUUCUACGUCAAUACUUUCGUUUUCGUCCUCGCCAUGCUCGUCUUUACGCUCAUCCCUAUCAUUCAUCUAAAGAGAAAGAUAGAGAAAAAGAGGCUCGAGGCAGGGGCCCCGAGCGCUUUAGGAGGGGCGUCGAACAUCAUUGAGAUGACAAAAAUAUUCAUGAGGGGAGAUGUAGGUGAAGCGAACGAGAGAACGAGCAACAAUAAUUACGGAGCAACGACUGGACCAAGAGCUGUAGAUAGUCGCUAAUAUUAUUUGAUAUUUCAAAGGACAGUGGACAAUAUGAUAUGCAAUAUAGUUGAUUAUUUAAUAUCACACUCUAAUAACUGUUUUAACAAACCCAUAAGUUGUUUCAAAUAUGAACUAACCAACUGUUUAUUAUAGCAAUGCACGAACUUUCGUUUUUACCAUCAGAUGGUAGGCUCAUAUUCAACACUACUUUUUGUUUAGUUAAAACAUCUAAAUGUAUAGUUUGAAUACGUAUUUAUUAAAAAAGUAGACUGUGAAAUGUCAUUUUAAAUAGACAUAUAGGUAUCGUCGAAUUUCCAGUAAUGAAAAAUUCAGUUAGAUGAAACGAAGAAAUGAAUGAUCGGAUUAUAUAAACCCCAAUAUCUAUCAUACUGAAGAUUUGUCACCUAUUAUAUAUACCUUCUCUGUCUGGAUCAAGAGACACAUAGGUCUGUUAUGUUUUUUGGAUAAUCUAUCAACGUUAGUAUUGGCGGUAAAGUCAUUUCGUUUGCAGUGCAUUGCAAAGCUGACACCCGUUGGUGUCUCUACAGGACCUCAUACUGAGGUGUUAAACUCACCCUCAGAGAUUGGACAUAACACCAAAGAGGUAAAAGCACCAACCAAAUGUGUUGUUAUAGCAUCAGAAAUGUCCCAAAUGUCACACUGGAGUCAAAUUACUGGUGUGGUUCCCUAAAUGCAUCAAUAAACACCAUGGAUUUUAAUGUGUAAGGACUGAUAAGACUCCUAAUGUUAUCAACUGUAAUUGUCAAAGUUCCAUAUGCCGAAAAGGGUCAACACAGGGGCCGCGGAAUGGUUUUCAAAGUGGGGGGGGGGGGGGGAGGGGGGGGGGCUGAGCCAAAAGUGGGAGGGGGGGCUGACCAUGCAAAAAAUCACAAUCAUAUGGUCAUUUUUACGUUUUUGUACAUGGUAUUGGAAAAAAGUAGGGGGGGCUGAGGGGCUUCCGGCUUCCGCGGCCCCUGCAACAUUAACACAACGGACAUCGCCACUGCGAACACGCCUUUUUGCAUUUACCACGGGGGAACUCUCUACAACGCGCCAAUUUCUUUGAAAAUGCAAGUCAAAUCACAAUGGAGAGCUGAGUGGCUUUUAUUUUGUCGAAAGUUGGUGGACCGGGACAGCAUCGGAAUCUCUUGAUUCUGGACAACGACAUAUUUGCAAUUGUUCGUCCGCUGCAAAAUAUCAUAUGAUCUGCUGCCCCAGUUCAACAACCUUCGACAAAGCCUCUCAGCUCUCGAGAGUGAUUUUUAUUGCAUUUUUAAAGGAAAUCGAUGCGUUGUAGAGAGUUUCACGUAGUAAAUGCGAAAACCACCUAGUGUCAAAAUUACACCGGAUGGCGUUGUGUGAGGAUCAUACCAAUCAUUUUACUCCAGAUUUAAAGUUAUGUAUUUAACAUUCUGUUUGAUAUAUCACCACUAUUCAGUGUAUAAUUUAAAGGACACACGUCCUGCUCACAGAACAGAUUUUUUUCCCGGUCGUAUGGCACAUCGAAUCCGAUGAUGAGCAAACUAAAAAUAUAUAAUCAUUGACAUUGUUAUACCACGAUUACAGAGGAGACAAAGGACAAAUAGUGUUUUUAUGCAAAUAGUAGUUUUAAGAAUUGUUUUCAGUCUUAUAAACACAACGAUAUUUCAUAGAUAGGCACUAUACAAAAAUCUAGAAAUAAAUCAUUGAAUUGCAAAUUCAUAUAA